GUGCUCCUCUGAUCAUGUAUAAACCCUGCCUAUAACUGUGCCUUUCACUAAGAGUACGUGACGCGCUACUUCGAUGCAUUCGCGGGCACCUGCCAAUCAUGUCAGCAACGCCCACUCCCCGUCCAAAGCUGCGCGGAACCGCCCGCGAGGUACUUCUUUUGGAGAUUACCAAAGUUUCAAGUCAAAAUGGAAGAAAAACAGGAUUUAAAUACAUCAAUGAAUGCAGAAAAAUAAUUAAACAGCAUGUGUACACCAUGGUGCAAACUUUCCUGAAGUGGACCAUAAGUCAGCAUAAAAUGCAGAAAGCUCACCAUGACCGACCGCUUAAAACUGAAAGGCACCUGGGCUUUUCUUAAACAUCAAACGUUGCCUUAUGGUCGUCAGGAUCCAAUCAUACCAGCCAUAACUACAGUUCCCUGCAGAAGACUAAAUCUAACGUAACCUCCCAGAAUGCAGCGAAACCUUAAAGAGACAGGAUGGAUUUCUAGAGCACCUCUACUUUCUUAUUGUUCUACAUCAACAUUCCUGAAAGCGAUAAUCCAACGGGAGCAACAGGAAGGCUAUACCAGAGACGUAAAUGAAAAUCUUCAACCAGGCUUUCCAAACAAAAAAGAACUGAAGGUCACAAACAGCACUGAAAUCACAGAGCAGCGGCUACAAGUUAACAACAUCACUGUAUCAAAAAAGCGCAACUGGUUACAGCAGAGUUCUCUGAAGUUUUACUCUGGUGAGGAGAACAGUAAUGGCAGUUUUCCAAUUACUGGAGAUGCUAUUAAUCAUUUGCCUAAUCCAGCUAAUCAUUUUCAUGUGGUCAGGAGGCAGGUGCAGGCCCAGUUCCAGUCUGCCACUCACCAAGGCAGCAGUCCCACAGAACCCCAAACCAGAAAUUCAGACUUUGCAAAGCCAAGCCCCAUCAACGGAGGAAGCACUAAGAAUGCAAGUCCAACAAAUAGUAGUGGCACUGUAGACACUAGUGAAGAAAAUGAUGCCGACGACGAGGGAGAAAUCUGGUACAAUCCCAUUCCUGAAGAUGAUGAGGUUGACAUGCCUAGAGGCAUGCGUUCCUGUCGGACUACUCCCAGUAAACUAGACUACUUAAAUAAAAACCGUCACAGAGAUUUAUCUGCUGGUGAGCUGAUUAAACUGGUUGAGCAAACUGGCGAUUCUGCAAUUUCCUUGGAGUGUGUGGAGGACUUGCAGGCAAUUCCAGUUAGUGACGCAUUUCAUGCAAAUUCCUCCCAUUCCACCGAACCUCACCAGCUGCACAGGCAGGUGUUUGCUUGCAAGGCCCAGAAUGGGGGAGCUGUGGAAGAGAACCCUGCAAACAAAUCAACUGUAGCGGCUCCUGGUACAUAUCUUUCAAAUGGAACGGACUCUGCAGCAGCAUUUCCACCACCUUCCAGUCCUAAUCCUUCGAAAAAAGUAGGGUCAAUAAACUGGUCCUUGCCAGAGAAGAUAAAAUCUCCAAGAACUGUGAGGAAACUCUCCAUGAAGAUGAAGAAACUGCCUGAACUAAGCCGUAAGUUGAGCGUCAAAGGAACUGCAAGCCAUAAUGGUACAGAUAAUCACUCUGUGUUAUCUAAAAGUAAAAGCCACAAUGGACAGGAAUCAAGCCAUGGGUCUUUGUCACCAGCUGGAAACACAGGUGCUGCUAGCAGGAAUGUUAUAAGCCGUUACCACCUGGACAGUAGUGUCGUAUCUCAGCACAGCUGCUAUAAGAAGAAACAUACAGGGGGCUCAAAAUCUGCUAGCAAAGGUGGUUAUCUCAGUGAUUGGGACUCCCCAGAACUUGUAGCUAAAUCAGGCAAGCAUAGCUGUGAAGGUAAGUUUGUCCGAGGAAAGGAGGAACCUGUAAGCAACAGUCAUAAACCUCAAGGUACCGAAAUAGACAUUGAUGCAUUCAGACACUACAGCUUCAUUGAUCAGCCAAAAUGUUCUCAUUAUAUUUCUGGACUCAUGAGUGUGCACUUUUAUGGAGCUGAGGAUCUAAAGCCACCACGGAUGGACUCUAGGGAUGUCUUCUGUGCCAUCCAGGUAGACUCUAUAAAUAAAGCUAGGACAGCCUUACUUACUUGCAGGACAACAUUUUUAGACAUGGACCACACCUUCAAUAUAGAACUGGAGAAUGCACAGCACUUAAAAUUAGUAGUUUUCAGUUGGGAACCCACUCCUCGCAAGAACCGUGUUUGUUGCCAUGGUACUGUGGUACUUCCUACUCUUUUCAGAGUAAUAAAAAUGCACCAGUUGGCUGUCAAAUUGGAACCCAGGGGGUUAAUUUAUGUGAAACUCACUCUGAUGGAGCAGUGGGAGAACUCACUGGAUAGCCCGGGUACAGACCGGGAACCUGUAGUGUUUGGUGUAGAGGCGUGUAAAGUGGUUGAAAAAGAGAAUGCUGGAUUAAUGGUUCCCUUGCUGAUCGAAAAGUGUAUCAGAGAAAUUGAAAAAAGAGGCUGUCAGGUUGUGGGACUGUAUCGCCUUUGUGGGUCAGCAGCCGUUAAGAAGGAGCUUCGGGAAGUAUUUGAGAGGGAUAGCAAGGCUGUUGAACUACGUGAAAGUCUGUAUCCAGACAUCAAUGUUAUAACAGGUGUUCUCAAGGAUUACUUGAGAGAGUUGCCAUCUCCCAUCAUCACAAAGCAGUUGUACGAAGCAGUGUUGGAUGCCAUGAAAAAGCGACCCCUUAAGAUGACCUUGAAUGGUUGUGAAAAUGAUCCCAGUGAUUCAGACUAUGCCACCCAUCUUCUGGACUGUCUUCCAGAAGUAGAGAGGGCUACACUAAGGAUGCUGUUGGAUCAUCUGAAAUUAGUGGCUUCCUUCCACGAAGUAAAUAAGAUGACGUGCCAGAACUUGGCAGUGUGCUUUGGGCCUGUUUUGUUAAGUCAGAGACAGGAGGCUUCCAAUCACAGUAACAGAGUUUUUAUAGACUCCGAGGAGCUUGCAAGUGCUUUGGACUUCAAGAAACACAUUGAAGUGCUACAUUACUUACUCCAGCUGUGGCCAGUUCACAAUACCAAAGAGUCAUCACAAAAUAAUACAGCUUUAAUGCAGCCAGAAUCUUUAAACUGUCUCAGACGAAAGAAACGACCCCAGGUAUUGAACCUAACCAAUCCAGAAUACACAGGAAUGCUAAGGCCUAGACUGGCAAGACUGGAUAGUCCUUCUAGCAAUCGUUAUGCAAGAGACUGGAGUAGCUGUGGAGAAAAUUAUUUUCUACCUCUGAAAGAAAGCAAUGGUGAGGCAGACUAUGAUGAUGUCCCUUCAGAAGAAAGUACAGAAAGUGAGGAAGACUACAGUAAAACAAAUGGACCAAAUAACGUAACUGAAUGUUCACAAAAUAUAUCCAAAGAACAUACUUAUCAGGCCUUUAUGAAACUGCAAGAAAUUGACACAUCAGUGGACAACAGAGUAAACCUCAGGCAUCUGCAAGAAAGCAUUGACAUGUUACUUGGCAGUUUGGAACAUGAACUGAGCAAAAGUAACAAGCUAAACAUCAGUUAUUAAGUUGUUUUUUUUUUUUUUCUGUUUUGUGACCACUUCAGUCUUUCAGGACAGUUUUCCUAUUAAGGUAUUCUUCUGGAACGCAGAAGCACUCAUGGUCCCAUCAUGGGUUACAUGACCCAUCAUAGACAUUCCAUGACCUUUAUGAAUUUCUUCUUAUUAGAAGAAUACAUUUGUUUGACCCUUAGGGGUGCCUUAAAAGGCUCUGUGACACAGUACUAUGAAUGAUUAUAGAUUUGUAAUUUUUAAGAAACUGUAGAAAUAGAAACCCAAUGCACUUACAGCAGAAUCUGCAGCAGGAUUUUCACAAGGAAAUUGACAGUCCUCUAAAGUUCUGCUGGAACAGGACUCUCUUGCUUUUGAUGUUCUAAACAUAUGUAUUAAGUUUCCUCUUUAAGGAUAUGAACUGCUGCUUGGCCAGUAUUUUUGCAAUAUGAGGUAGACAUCAUUUUGCUAAUUUGUGGGUCACCUUGUAGUACUAAGGCUGCUAUUUGGGGAGGAGGAUUUAGUAGGCAUGCACAGAAACAGUGUGGGACAUGUUUUGUGUAAAAUAUAACGGUUAUUUGUAACUGUAUUUAAACACACAAAAAAUAAAGCAUUAUAUUUUUCUAACCCAGUAUAUUUUUAUAGAAUGAGCACACAAGCAUUACAUUUGAAGGCCAAAAUUAUAAAAAUGUUGCAACUUAUAUCCUGUAGACUGUAUGAAAAAUAAAGACUAUGAAGAAAUGGUGUCAGCCUAACAUGGCUGAUCAUUCUGUAUAAACACCAACAGAUGGACAUCAGCCGUGUGCAGGAUAUUAACAAAACGGGUGUUAUGGCAGUUAUUGGAUGCUUUUGUGUAUUUCUGUUAUUAAUCAAAGUUCUAAAAUGUUACUAUUUGAACUAAAGUUCUCAAAUGGGAGGGAUACGGUAUAUAUUGUUUAGCCUCUUGUAUAAGCAGCUUUUAUACAUCCUAUAAAUGUAGUCUAAUUUGAAAUAUUGUAAUUAUGCAAAACAGUGAUCUCUAGUACUAUAUUAAGUAUACAUUUAAAAUAUUAAGCAUUAAUCUUCCAUUGUUUUGUUUUCCCAUUUGCAGAAUUUAGUAUCUUUGUAUUUCAGAAUGUAGAAAUCAUAUUUAACCCAAGAAGGUACUACAUUUUUAAAGUAUACACUAAAUUAAAUUUUUAGACAAUAAUAUGCAUUCUGUAUUACUCAGUUAAAUAAGCUAUAUGUAGUAAUUUUGCAAAAAAAUAAUUUAAUUGUAAUGAAAUAGUCUUUUCUGGGUGACCUUUGACCCAAUAGCAAGAGAUUUCAUAUCUGUUCAGCAGAAGUAUAUGCAUCUGGCAGAAAGGGAGCCACCACAUUUUUUAUAGCUAUAUAUAUAUAUAUAUAU